AAACCCGUCAAGAUGGCUCUCAACCCCCAAGUGACCAACCUGGUCAUCAUCCUGUACGCACGCGACACCUGUGGAGAUGGGCCGGACGCGAAAACUGACCAGGCGGCAGGUNUCAUGAUGCAGGUUUCCAAGAAGGUGCCUUUCGAGGAGCCCAACGUCCUGAUGGGAGUUCGCGCACUCUACAUUGUGUCCAACCUGAUCAUUGCCGGCAUCUACCUCUACGUGCAGGCGCAGAUCAACAAGAAGAAGGAUCUCACUGUCAUCAAGUACGUUGAGCCUGCACCUAUGGGAUCGACCGAGGAGCCCAAGCCCGUUACCACUACCGUGCACGCAUACGACACUCAGCAGCUCCGCGGCUUGUUCAAGAGCCAGCUUAUGGGAGUUGGCAUGAUGGCCGUCAUGCACCUCUACUUCAAGUACACCAACCCUCUCCUCAUCCAGUCCAUCAUUCCCCUCAAGGGCGCCUUCGAGGGCAACCUUGUCAAGGUCCACCUGUUCGGACAGCCUGCAGUUGGCGAGCUCAAGAGACCCUGGAAGGCUUCUGGUGGUUUGAUGGGCAUGCAAGGUGCCGGUGACAUCAAGACCGACAAGAAGAGCAUCGAGGCUGCUGAGAAGGCUGGCCGCGGUGGUGCCAAGGAGGAGUAG